AUGAGCGGUGCCGGCGGCCAGUAUCCGGAUUUUCCGGCCGUGGCGACCCACGGCGGAAAAUACAUAAAGUACAAUAUCUUUGGAAAUUCAUUUGAGAUCACUGCAAAGUAUCGGCCGCCAAUCAUGCCCAUCGGCCGCGGGGCAUAUGGCGUCGUGUGCUCGAUUUUGAAUACGGAGAGUAAUGAAAUGGUGGCGAUGAAGAAAAUAGCAAAUGCUUUUGACAGUUAUAUAGAUGCGAAGAGGACUCUUCGAGAAAUUAAGCUUCUUCGUCAUUUGGAUCACGAAAAUGUGAUUAGCAUAAGAGAUGUAAUUCCUCCUCCUUUAAGAACGGAAUUUACGGAUGUCUACAUUGCCACUGAACUCAUGGACACGGAUCUUCAUCAGAUAAUUAGAUCUAAUCAGAGCUUGUCUGAAGAACAUUGUCAGUAUUUCCUGUAUCAGAUUCUUCGAGGUUUGAAAUACAUACACUCGGCUAAUGUAAUCCAUAGAGAUAUGAAGCCCAGCAACCUGCUGCUGAAUGCUAAUUGCGAUCUUAAGAUCAUUGAUUUUGGUCUUGCACGGCCUACCUUGGAAAAUGAGUUCAUGACUGAAUAUGUUGUGACCAGAUGGUACCGGGCUCCUGAGCUGUUGCUUAAUUCCUCGGAAUAUACUGCUGCAAUAGACGUGUGGUCUGUAGGUUGCAUCUUCAUGGAACUUAUGAACCGAAAACCUUUGUUCGAGGGAAAAGAUCACGUGCAUCAGAUGCGCUUGGUGACGGAGCUUCUGGGCACUCCCACAGAAUCUGAUCUUGAUUUCAUCCUAAAUGAAGAUGCAAAAAGAUAUAUCCGGCAACUUCCACGACAUCCCCGUCAGCUGUUAGCAAAGGUUUUUCCACAUGUAAAUCCAUUAGCCAUCGACCUAAUUGAUAAAAUGCUGACAAUCAAUCCUGGAAAGAGAAUUACAGUUGAAGAAGCUUUGGCGCACCCUUAUCUUGCAGGACUGCAUGACAUAGCCGAUGAGCCAGUAUGCUCAGAACCAUUCGCUUUUGAUUUCGAGCAGCAAGUCUUAACAGAAGAGCAGAUAAAGGAUAUGAUUUACCAGGAAGCUUUGGCUCUAAAUCCAGAGUAUGCUUAA